GCACAGCCCUUGGGUGGCAGCGCGGGAGCUGCAGGGAGCAUCUUUCCCUGUCUGCUGCGCUCUUCCAGGGCAGGGCAGCCAAUGCGUUCUCCUUUGACUGCGUGGGGAAAUGAGAUCUCUGUGGCUCCUGUGUGACCUGCUGAGCUCCGUGUGUGUGAUGAUGGGGCUGCGCACUGCUUUGUGCUUACAUCUAGCAGGGCCGAGCGUUCCCAGCUCUGCUUCCAUGGACUAAUGCUCGGGAUAAACAGGAGUGGCUGUGUGAGGAGGGUUUCCUGGGCUGUUAUCUGAGAUUUGGGGAAGUUUGGCUAGCGAGCAAAAGGCACAGAAGAAUAAGGCAGGAUGGAUGUGUACGAUCCUCAGACGUUGGGUGUUGUGGUCUUUGGAGGCUUUAUGGUGAUAUCAGCCAUUGGGAUCUUCCUGGUGUCCACCUUCUCAAUGAAGGAGACUUCUUAUGAAGAAGCCUUGGCAAAGCAACGUAAGGAGCUUGAGAAGACCAACCAGCACAAAACAGAGAAAAAGAAGAAGGAAAAACCUGUUGAGAAAAAAGGAAAAGCAAAGAAAAAGGAAGAAAAACCUAAUGGAAAGAUACCGGAGCAGCAAGUUACUCAGGAAGUGACUGACUCUUCCAAGGAUGUGGUUCUUCAGCCUGCUGUGGUGCCAGAGCCUGUAACAGUUGAAUCUCCAAUCCCAGCGGUGUCAGUGCCCCCCCAGGAAAAGGAGAAACCUGCUCCAUCUCCUAAGGAAAAGAGGAAGAAAGAGAAGAAGGUGGCAAAGGUAGAACCUGCUCCUAGCCCAGCACUGGCGUCUCCUCCUGCCAGUGUUCCCAAAGGCUCUCCUGUCUUGGAGGUGACUCCUAAGGAGGUACCUGUUGUGGCUGUGCCACCAGUUGGCACGCAGCAAAGUGCUCCGGUUGUCAGCUCCACCCCCAUCAAAAAACCUGAGGCUCUUCCAACCCAUGAGGAGCAGAAGCAUGAUGGGCCAGUCAAGAAGAAGGCUGCAUCCAAGAAGAAGGCUGAACCAGCACCUGCUGACUCGGAUGGGCCCCUCUACCUGCCCUACAAGACAUUGGUGUCCACCAUCAGCAGCAUGGCAUUCAGUGAGGGGGAGGCUCAGCAGCUCAUCGAGAUCCUGACAGAGAGAGCGGGCAUCGUGCAGGACACCUGGCACACGGCCACGCAGAAGGGUGACCCAGUCGCUGUCCUGAAGCGCCAGCUGGAAGAGAAGGAGAAGCAGCUCAGUGCUGAACAGGAGGAUGCAGCUGCUGCCAGAAACAAGCUGCGGGAGUUGAACAAGGAACUGGCAGCUGAGAGGGCCAAGGCAGCAGCCAGUGAGAACAAGCUGAAGGAACAGCUGGUCACCCGCGAGCGGGAGAUCACUGCUGUCCAGGCACGGAUGCAGGCGAGCUACCAGGACCAUGUUAAUGAAACGCAGCAGCUCCAGGGAAAGAUUCGGGCCCUGCAGGAACAGCUGGAGAAUGGCCCCAACACACAGCUCGCUCGCCUGCAGCAGGAGAACUCCAUCCUGAGGGAUGCGCUCAACCAGGCGACCAGCCAGACGGAGAGCAAGCAAAAUGCUGAGCUGGCCAAGUUACGGCAAGAAUGCAACAAGCUGAUGAAAGAGCUGUCUGAAAAAUCAGAGGUGCUACAGCAAGAGGAGCAGCAGAAAAAGAGCUGGGAGAUCAAAGCAGCAGCGUCAGAGAAGCAGAUCGAGCAGCUACAGGCUACACACAGAGAAGUGGAGGUGACACUCCAGAAGAGAUUGGAUGAAGUAAGCGACGAGCUUCGCAAAACCCAGAGCAGCUACAGGAGCCUGGUAGCAGAUGCAGAAAAGGCCAAAGGGCAGCAGCAGAGCAUUGCUGAACUGCAGACCAAGCUGCUGAGCUCUGAAACAGAGGUCAAAAGCAAAUUGCUGGAGCUGGACAGCUUGAAGGGGAAACUGCAGGAUGCCAGCUCAGAGAACACGAGGCUUCUGGAGAGAAUCAAAUCCAUCGAAGCUCUGCUGGAAGCAGGCCAGAUGAGGGAGGCAGAAAAAGACAGAGACCUGCAGGCAGCCAAUGAAGCAGAAAUGAAGCAGCUGCAGCUAAGGCUCCAGGAGAAAACAGACCAGCUCUUGUCCUUGGAAAGGGAAGCAGCAGAGCUGCGAGAGGCGAUGGAGCAACAGAAGAUAAAAAACAAUGACCUUCGUGAGAAGAACUGGAAAGCAGUGGAAGCAUUGACCGCGCUGGAGAAGGCAUGCGAGGAAAAGCUACUUGCUGCUACAAAAGCAAAGGAGGAGUUGGCCCACCAGCUUGAUGCGCUCCAGACACGAACCAAAGAGACUCUGCUCUCUGCGCUCCCAGAAGUCACUGUGUCACAACAGGAUUAUGAGGCAUGGCUACAAGAGUUUAAGGAGAAGGCUGUGGACGUGCUAAAGCAACACACAAUUACAACAGAGCCUGUGGAUUCAGCACUUAAACUGAAAGAGGCAGAGGAAGCGCAGAGCACUUUACAAGCAGAAUGCGAGCAGUACAGAGCUAUCCUUGCAGAGACAGAAGGAAUGCUGCGAAACCUGCAGAAGAGUGUGGAGGAGGAAGAGCAGGUGUGGAAAGCAAAGCUCACUGUCUCUGGAGAGGAACUCCAAAAGUCACAACUCCAGUUGAAAUCCCUUGAAGACAUGAUAGAGAAGUUGAAAACAGAGCUGCAGAGCACUGACCAGCUAAAGGAAUACAUCUCUCUCCUGGAAGCGCAACUGGAAAAUCACUUGCAGACAGCCAGCUCUGAACGCCAAAACUACACAAAAGAAGUUGAAGGCCUGAGACAGCUCUUAUCAGAAUCCCAAGAGCAGCUGGAGGCAGCAAAGACAGAAACGCAGAAGCAGAGCAAGGAGCUGGCCCUGGUCAGGCAGCAGCUGAGUGAGAUGAAGAGCCACGUGCAGGAUGGAGAAGUAGCGGGGUCACAAGCUGACCUGGGUGAUCCCACACCCUUUGAGUUGAAAAUGCAGCUGGAGCAGAAUGAGGCACUGAUGGAGAAGGAACAAGAGCUGAGGCAAAAGCUGGUGCGGGAGCUGGAGGAGGCACAAAGCUCAGCGUGCAGCUUGCAAGCAGAGCUGGAGAAGUUGAGACUGGCUGAAAACGCAGCAACUUCAGACACGGAGGAGGCGCAGCAUCUCAAGGAAAGACUUGAAAAAGAAAAAAAGCUAACAAGGGACUUGGGCCAGGCGGCAACCAAACUACAGGAGCUACUGAAGGUUACCCAGGACCAACUGGCCAAAGAGAGAGAAACGGUGAAGAAGUUGAAAGAACAACUUCAUGAAAAGGGGGAAGAGGACAGUUCGAAGGAAGGGACUUCAGUUUGAUGAGUCUGUGACCUAGAACGUACCGUUCAACUUACCAAAUGCCUUACACAUUCCUAAAACAAAAAUAUAUGCUGAAUUUAUUGUAGAUAAGAUACAAUACAAGCCAUUAGUGACCCACAACCUAGUUUUGAAACUUAAGAAAAAAAAGAAAACCAGAAAAAAAAGCAACAGUGCAGGCGUACAUUUGUAAGAAAAUCUUCAUACUGUUUUGUACAACCAUUCAUUCCCCUGGGUGCUGCUCUGGCCGGGCUGGGGCCAGGACAUGACCCUCCUCGAACCCACGAAUGUGUGAAAAGGGAAGGCUGUGUUUGUACAUCAACUGGUGCAAUUAUUAUUAUAUAUAUAAAUAUAUAUAUAUAUUAUUUUUUUUUUUUGAGUGAAAGAAGUGUGAAAGUAAGACCCAUGAUGGAAGGAAGCCACUUGUUGAUGGGUGGCUCAGGGCACGUAUCCUUCUGUGUAUUUUCUGGGUGUCGAUGCAAUUAAAAUGACGUAGUGGGGAGAGCUGCUUCCUGCUUUAUUUCUCUGGUUAUUUUUCAUGUUGGCAGGCUGCUGGGCCUUGGGCGUGACUGAAGGAUGACCCUGCUGUGGCCAGAAGUGGAUCCUCUGCUCCUUGCUGUGCUGUAGCAGCUCUCCCCACUGUAUUUUCUCCAGUAUGUGUGAAGGAGGUGCUGAGGCCACAGGGGGAUGCAAUGGGAUGGCUGCUCCUAGGGACAGGUAUGGAGGCUCUCCCUGCUGCUGGUGGGAGCAGCAGAGACUUCACACAGCUGAGGCUGGUGGGCAUCCCCGGCACAGCCUCGUGGUCGACACCUCAAGGCUGCAGUCAGUGGCUCAUCAGUGGAGGCUGAUGGUGUCUCCUGCCCUUUGUAACCCACCAGAACAGCAACCAGAGUGGGGCUGAGUGCCUCCCACCCCAGUGCCACAGGGUUUUUGAGGUGGGGACUGUGGACUUUUGAUGUGGGAUGGAGCUUAUGCUCCUGGCUGGAGGGGAGCUGGUGGCUGCAGGCUGGUGGCCUUGGGCUCUGUGCCCUCUGCUUCCCUUGCUUCCAGCCCUCUGAGCACAGGAGGCUGAGUGCCUGGCUUCUGCCUGGCUAUACUAGGCUGCUGGAAGGAUGUGCUCAUUGACCCAGCCCUCACCCUGCAGCCAUCAUUAGCCAUCAGCUUCCUCUUCUGGCUUUGGGAGGCUUUACUGACCCAGGCAGUAACAAAAAAGCAAAACCAGGAGAAACCAACCAUAGGUUGGAAUGAGCUGUUGAGUGUAAGGGGGUGGCCAUCAUCCAAACAGCAGUCGGUGGUGAGGGCCCCAAAACAGCCAGCACAGCAAAGUGAUGAAACUCUUUGGUUUUUGGGUUUUGCUUUCGCAACAACCCGUUCCUUCACUCUGCUUGCUUGUGCAAAGCAGCACAUGCUUAAUGAGUGUGCACACAGGAGCAGUGAGGAAGCUCUUCAAGUACACAGCCAAAGCAAGGAGCGUGGACAACAGCAUGCAUGCUCAAUGGGCUCCAGAAGCCAGAGGAGUGCAGAUUUGGUGUCCUUGGCAUGAGGGAUGUACGCGUACUUUGGGACAUCACCCAGCUUCUGUGUUUGGAAGGGAGAGAGGAGCUGGAGUUGUUAAGUAAGGCUGAUGAUGGAAACAGGUUGCUGGGGUCUGGUGGUUAAGCUUGAGUUCAGGUGCCUGCUGUGGUGCUGCUGGGAUUUAUGCUGUUCCAUGGAGCCAUGAGAAGGGGAAAGCCAACAACCUCCUGAGAGGCCAGGGUCACCUCUGAGAGGGCCAAGCCCUCACCUCAGAGCAGUGGGAUUUCACACUGCACCCACCCCUGAAGCAGCAUUGCUCUUUCAGGCAAGCUGUAGUGCUGGCUCAUUACCCGGUUAGCAGGUUGUGAUGCAGGGCAGGUGUGAACAGCAGCCUGGGUGCUGCAGCCAGGUGGGUCCUCAGUCGAAGCUCAAUGGCUCUGCUUGUGUCGUCUUUUCAAGAAGGUCUGGGUGAUUUGGGAAAAGCCACGAAUGAAAGGAUUGGAAAAUCGUAAAAGGAAACAUCUUUGCAAGUUUUACAAUAGCUACAGUUGUAGAAGGGGAAGAUGAAGUUUGGCUUGCUAAGUAACUCCAUGCUGUGAUCAACAAAGCUGAAGGCAAAGUAACAGCCAGCACAGGAGCAUAGUAGCAGAGAUCAGGCUUGUGCCUCAGGGUUUGCACCAAGGGCCCUAAAAACUGACCAAGUGAAGCUGGGACCCACCCAACCACAACCAAAAACACCUCUUGCCUCAGUCCCCGACUGAAGCACUCUGCACCCAAGUUCCUGGCUUGAAUGCUUUCACGUGGUGAGAAGCACUCUCCUGCCUCUGCAUCUGACUUCCUUCCCCCUUUGUUGAGGCUCUUCUCUAACCAAAAAAGGAAAUCCCAGGGAGAAGUCCACCAGCUUCACCAGGCCUGAAUUGCUCUUCGACGUUAGCUGCAGUCUGGAGGUGUUAGUUAUCAGUUGACUCCUGAAUGGGAGUUCCCCUUAUUUGUCAGGCAGCACCACUCCCACUGUGUCACUGGUUUUCUUAUCUCAGCCUGAACUUUGGACAGACACCAAGGUACAGAAGAGCUGUUUUUAUGGACAUGGUUACUCCCUUGUGCCAGGUUGAAAGUUGAGGAGGGAACAGGCCGGGAGCACCCACUGAUGCCAGUUUAGUUUCCUCUUCUGAUAGGAUCUCACUGUAGUGGAUCAUAUCAGAAACCCUUUGCUCCACACGGGUACCACAUUAGAGCAUGUGGUCAAUGCUUGCCUUUGAUUAAAUCUUCAAAUACACAGCACAGCCAAAAAGCAUAGACACUGCAUUAAGCCAGGGAGCAGCACUUCCCUGGUAGCGCUCUGCUGAAAAGCAGCAGACCAAGCAGCUGUCCCUACGUACCUGGCAGAAGGGGCAGCCUUUAACUUCCUGGGACAGGCCAGAGGAAGCUCUCCGUUCUGACAGGAGAAGCAGCACCAAGUAACUGACACAGGCCUCCACGGUGAGAUGCUUCCCAUGAAGCUCCCCCCCUGUGGCCAUCUGGGACCGGAGCCCAGAAGGAAGGGAGCAGACACCAUGGUGGAUCCCGUGACUGCCACAGGCUGCUACGCACUCAGCUGCUGAGGUGUGCGAGGCCAAGGAAGACAUCAACAGGCUGCAGAGACAUGGACAGGCUUUCUCCCCCACUUCUCCUUCCAGCCUCUUUUCCCCCACUGCAAACUGGAGAGGAAUCAGUCACUGACCGAGGGGAAAGAAACCCCAUUUAUUUAAGCUAUUCAAGUUUGGCACACACAGAACAUACCACAGUAACGCACUGGAGGCUAAGGGUUUUUUUUUCUUUUUUUUUUUU